AUGGUACAUCUCAAGAAGCGUCUCGUGGGAUCUCGAUACAGUAGUGCUUCAGUAAAGUUUCGCCAUGGCACGCGAUGGUCCGGGCUGUCUCGGGCCAGUGCCCGAGGGACUGCUGAAGCGUUUCUGUUUCUGUGA